UGGAAGGCAGACUCGUUUUGGUGUUCAUUUUCUGCGGCCUUUUCUUAAGGUUCUCGAAUGGAAGUAUUAUUCCACGGAUCAUAAAUGGCAGCAAUGCCACCGCUAUGCAGUUGCCCCAUCAAGUGUUUUACGAUACUUUUUACCUCAGAGACUAUAAUGCCACCAGUUUCUGGAGACCCCAGUGUGGAGGCACUAUAAUAUCCAGUAAAAUUAUACUCACAGCAGCUCACUGUUUCGGGGAUGAUCCGUACAUAAAAGCCUUGAGAAUUUACUUUGGAGCGGUGGACAAAUCAAAUGCCACCGAAGAGGGUCAGCAGCGUUUAAUUGUCGAUCGAAAGAGUGUGGUGAUCCAUGAGGAAUAUAAUAAUCAAAAACCUUUUUACAAUGAUGUUGCAAUCAUUAAACUGCCCAUUGAUGUGCCUUUUAAUGAGUAUAUUCGACCCGCAAAGCUGCCACAACCCACAAAUAAUUAUGUGCAUGCAAAAGCCAUUGCAUCGGGAUGGGGUGCAUCUAAAGUUAUAUUUUCAGAAAAUUCCAAAAUCGUGCAGCCGCGUACUUUGAAAUAUUUUGAAAUCAACAUCAUAUCGAAUGAGGAAUGCUACGAACAGUGGAUAAAACGGGAAUAUAUGUUCCCAAUGUCCUUCAUGUGCAUUGGCCCCAGCGUGAAUGUACCUUGCAUAGGAGAUUCUGGUGGACCUUUGGCUCUCAAGGAAGGGAAGGAUUUUAUACUUUUGGGAAUUACCUCCCAUAGUGUCAUUGAGCCUUGCCAAAUCAAUCAACCUACGGUUUAUGUCAGAGUUUCUUCGUAUUUGGAUUGGAUACGGGAAAAUUCUAGUGGUAAAAUUUAGAAUUAAUUGAGAUCUACCUUAAAAAUAAAUUUCGA